GCACCCAGUCUUAGUGUUAUGCAUAGCAAAAUUUCUAGAAAAAAAUCUCUAUUCAAAUCUAUGUUUAAAAAGGAUUCCUAUCUAAAAAAUAAAAGUAUAUGGAGUAGGGAUAAAAAAAUAUAAAUGGUUUUAAAAUAAACUUAAUCGAUUCCAUAAAGAUUAUAAAAAAAAAAAGGAAAUCAAAUUCACUUAAAUCCUCUUAGAAAAUUUCUAAUUCAUGAUAGUAUUUGUGCAGUGGUGAUUUGAAACGAACGUGUUUUUUUCUCGUGCCGAAAACCAUGUGUGACGAAAAACAGAAGCAACGUAUCAAUCUCAAAUUUCNCUAUAAAUUGUUGCAAGAGGCCUAUGGAGGCAAUUCUCUAUCUCGUGCACGUGUUUUUGAGUGGUAUAAGCGCUUCAGUGAGGGCCGAGAGAGCACUGAAGAUGACCAGCGUCCAGGUCCCCUUGUCACUGUUUCAACUCCGGAAACAGUGACCAAAAUCAACCAAAUUGUGCGUGCAGAUCGUCGAAUGAGCAUCCGGAUAAUUGCCGAGGCUGUAAACGCCGAUAAAGAAAUGGUUAGAAAAAUUUUACAUGAGGAAUUACAUAUGACAAAAGUCUGUACGAAGUUGGUGCCAAAAAACCUGACUCCUGACCAAAAGUUCUUGCAUCAACAGGUCUGCUCAGAUUUCCUUGAAAAGUUAAAAGAAGAUCCCGGACUGAUGAAAAACAUUAUAACUUNCUGUAAACGCCGAUAA